UUGCCGUUGACUCCCCAACCUACCCGCACCUCCAACACAAAACACUGAAACAAGACAACCUGGUUGAGGUUGAAUACCAUAAAUUGUGUACCUUCUAAAAUUGCUUGUACAUAAUCAAAUAGCAAGAAAUGGCCAGUUCUUCCUUGUUCCUGCUCCAAACUGUACUCACUCGCCGCCGUGACUCCAAUUCUCGCUCACAAACAAUCAAAUCCUUCUUCUUUCUCGUACCCACAACCUUAGCUCUGGCCACUUCUCUCCUCAUACUCCUUUAUAUUUCCUUCACUUCCAAUCUUUUCUUCAUUCAUCCACACCGUCUUCAUCUCACCCACCCUCCAAUUGGGCCUUCAAUAAUUCUUGAAAACCCACCUGAAAUUUCCACCUUGGCCCCUCCUGAACCUGUUGUUAAGAGCAGAAAUGGCGGUGUUCUUGGAGAAACCGAUGGUCAAGAGAAAUUCAAAAAUCGCCUGGCCUCAGCUGGAUCAUACGUUAAUGAUGAGAAGAAGUUGUUUCAUGACAGAGAUGCCUUUCUAGAUAAUUACAAGGAAAUGAAUAGGAGCUUAAAGAUUUAUGUUUAUCCUCAUGGACGAGACGAUCCUUUUGCCAAUGUGCUUUUGCCUGUGGAUUUUGAACCUGAGGGUAAUUAUGCAAGUGAAAGUUACUUUAAGAAGGUUCUUACAAGGAGUCAUUUCAUCACAAAGGACCCUUCCGAAGCGAAUCUCUUCUUUUUACCAUUUUCAAUUGCAAGGUUGCGACAUGACCCGAGAGUAGGAAUAGACGGUAUCCAAGACUUUAUCCGAGAUUAUAUUUUUAACAUUAGUCACCAAUACUCUUACUGGAAUCGAACUGGAGGUGCUGACCAUUUUUACGUUGCUUGUCACUCCAUUGGACGUUCAGCAAUGGAUAAAGCAGUUGAAGUUAAACUUAAUGCUAUACAAGUCGUAUGCUCGUCAAGUUAUUACCUCUCUUCGUAUGUUGCUCAUAAAGAUGCAUCCUUGCCACAAAUUUGGCCUAGACAAGGAGAUCCUACUAAUCUUGCUCGUGAAAGGACAAAAUUGGCCUUCUUCGCGGGAUCAAUGAACUCACCAGUGCGUGAAAAGCUUCUUCAAGUAUGGAGAAAUGAUGCUGAGAUAUCUGUCCGCUUUGGUCACCUCAAAACAUCGUAUGCUGAGGAGCUUCUAGCGAGCAAGUUUUGCCUUCAUGUUAAAGGAUUUGAAGUCAAUACGGCUCGUAUUGGCGAUGCUUUAUACUAUGGUUGUGUCCCUCUUAUAAUAGCCAACCAUUAUGAUCUUCCUUUUCAGGACAUAUUGAACUGGCAGAGUUUUUCAGUUGUUGUUGCCACAUUAGACAUACCUCUUCUGAAGAAAAUUCUUAAAGGUAUAAGCAUUGAAGAUUAUUUAGUUUUACAAAGGAAUGUGUUGAAGGUGAGAGAACAUUUUCAGUGGCACCUUUCACCGGUUGAUCAUGAUGCGUUUUACAUGGUUAUGUACGAGUUAUGGCUCCGACGAAGUUCUUUGAGAUUUUCAGCCGAAUGUGACAUCUGGCAAGUUAAUAUGUACGAUCAUGGCUCCGAAGAAGUCCUUCAACAGUUACAGUCUAAAGGACAUUUUUGGUAUGUUAAAACUGGAGGAACUAGAUUAGAUGCAAAAACUUAACUAGUCCGUUAGAUAUUUAUUCCUAUCCAAUUCAACGUACCAAAUAUGUUCGAGUUGCCUGGGAAGAAUUCUUUAUACGGGUUCUAAGGCUCGUGCUUGUACCUAUGAAAGGGCUGUUUAGUUUAUCAUUAUAGUCGAUGCAUUUUUUGCA